AUGGAGUCUCUUACCACUCAUCCCUCCACCGCACAACAGGCCAAGGCCUUCACCUCUCCUGCGUCCCUCUCGUUCCCCGGUGGCGCCGGGGACUUGACACCGCCCUCCUCUGAGAAAGACGGACACAACCUCAAUGGUGGCUCCUACGCAGAUGGAAAGAUGAACGGUUCGCAACCAGGAGCAAAUGCUCUACAGGCUCCUCAGACCCCGAGCGCAACGCCUGGUGCUGGAGUGAGUGGUAUUGUGCCUACCUUGCAAAACAUCGUGGCAACGGUCAACCUUGACUGCCGUCUGGACUUGAAGACAAUUGCACUUCAUGCCCGUAAUGCUGAGUACAAUCCCAAGCGUUUCGCUGCCGUGAUUAUGCGUAUUCGAGACCCCAAGACAACUGCUCUGAUCUUUGCAUCAGGCAAGAUGGUCGUCACGGGUGCCAAAUCGGAAGAUGAUUCGAAACUUGCCAGCCGCAAGUACGCUCGUAUCAUUCAAAAACUUGGUUUCAAUGCCAAGUUUACCGAUUUCAAGAUCCAGAACAUUGUCGGCUCUUGCGACAUCAAGUUUCCAAUCCGAUUGGAAGGUCUGGCAUCGAAGCAUCACCCCUUCAGCUCGUACGAGCCUGAAUUGUUCCCUGGUCUCAUCUACCGCAUGAUCAAGCCAAAGAUCGUCUUGCUGAUCUUCGUGAGCGGCAAGAUCGUACUCACCGGUGCGAAGGUCCGUGAGGAGAUCUACCAGGCAUUUGAGCAGAUCUACCCAACACUAUCAGGUAAGCCUCGCAAUGUUGGACGAGAAUCUACCAGACGAACUAACAUGCUUGCUAGACUUCCGCAAAGUCUAGAUGUGUCGGUCGAAAUCUCUCCCUACACCGUGUAUCAACAGCAUUGCGUGUCCUCUCCUGACAACGGUCAUAUUGUCGAGGUUGAGUGA